AGCAUGGACCCCACCCGCCCAACACGAGUAGCCGAAGCCAUCCUGCAAAAGUACAAUUCCCUGCAAGUAAAAGACGAAGGCUGGACCGUGGUCGCCGGCAUCGCCGCGGUCGACGCGGGCGGCCACGUCCACGUGCUGGCGGCGGCGUCCGGGUGCAAGUGCGUCGGCAAGCUGGAGAAGUGCGACGACGUCGUCCGCGACGGCCACGCGGAGGUCGUCGCGCGGCGCGCCUUCCGGAGGGCGCUGCUCGACGACGCCGACGCCUACGACAUUGCUCGAAGCGGCGAAUGCUGGCUCUUCGCGACGGCGCCGCCCUGCGGCGACGCGGCCAUCUACGAGUUGGACGAUUCUACGAUUGCCUUCUCGGGCGCGAAGCUCGGCGACUGGCGGCGCGAGGACACGCAGGUCACGGGUGCAGUGCGAUUGAAGCCGGGCCGCUCCGACGUGCCCGUCGACCGGCGGAGCGGGUCGCUCUCGUGCUCGGACAAGAUCCUGAAGUGGAGCGUCUGCGGGCUGCCGGGGGCGCUGCUGCGGGCGCGGUUCCCCGACGACAUUCCGUUAAAGGGCGUCGUCGUGUCGGCGCAGCCGCGGGCCGCGACGCUGGAGCAGGCCCUGGACCGCGCAUUGUUUCAGCGCGCGGAGUACCUCGCGGCGGCCUGUCACGAACGGCCGCCGUUGCUCCGGACGCGCGUGACCGACGUCGGCGCGGACGUCGCGGCGCGACGGGGCGUCGGGAAGCCGUCGUCCUUGAUCGUGGCCUGGUGGCGCGGCUGCGGCCCGUCGCCGGAGAUUCUCAUCGCGGCGACGGGCCGGCCGCGCGGCGCGACCAAGAGUUCCAAAGCUGUGCCGCGCCUCGCGACGGCGUCUUUUCUAGAAAAGCUCGGCGUUCGCGACCGCGCGGCGCACGUCGCGAAGGCGCCGCGGCGCGCCCUCGACGUCGCCGCGCGCGAGGUCCUGCGCGCGGACCUCGCGAAGCGGAGCACGCACCCGCAGCUGCCGCCGGCCUGUCUCCUCGUACCCGAGGGCGUCGACGGCUGCCGUGUACGGCUCGACGACGACUAG